CGUCCUCCGCCGUCGACAUGUCUCUCUCCUUGUCUUUCUGUCAUAUCUCCACCAAUUUCCGCCCACCUUCACCAUCAAUCUACAAAACCCUACCCUUACCACCAUCAUAUUUCCCAAUUUUACGUUUUCCCCUAAUUUCCAAAUCAUUUACCGUCCAAUCCACACCCAUCAGACCCUCACCCACUGAUCCCUCCUUACCAACUUCAUCCGACCCUCAAACAUUCGAACAACUCCCUCGAAAGUUUCAAGAAAUCGUCAAACUCUUCCAAUCGGUACAAGACCCAAAAGCCAAAUACGAACAGCUAUUGUUUUACGGCAAAAACCUAAAGUCUCUCGAUCCCCAAUUCAAAUCUGACAAGAAUAAGGUCAAAGGUUGUGUUUCUCAGGUCUGGUUACGAGCUUAUUUUGAUGAUUCUGAUAAGAAAACCGUCGUAUUUGAAGCUGAUUCUGAUGCUUUAAUCACCAAGGGCUUAGCUGCUUUGCUAGUUCAAGGUCUUUCCGGUUCCACUGUUGAAGAAAUCUUGCGAAUUUCGCCUGAUUUUAUCGUGCUAUUGGGUUUGCAACAAAGCUUAUCACCUUCAAGAAAUAAUGGUUUCUUGAAUAUGUUUGAAUUGAUGCAAAAAAAGGCGUUGAUGUUGUAUGUUGAAGCUGAGAAAGGGAUUAAAUCAGGAACUGGGAUUGUUGAAAACCCCACCAAGGAUGUGGAUUUUGAUCCAAAACUUGAAAAGGGAAUUGAUAGCUCUGAGUCUCGAUCAAAUACCGAUGAUUCGGAGCCGAAUGGUUCGAUAUUAGGGAACAGAGGACAUAGAAUUACUGAGAUUUUAAAAAGGGAGCUUCAACCAUUUGAAUUGAAAGUAGAAGAUGUUUCAUAUGAGCAUGCUGGUCAUGCAGGGGUCAGAGGUAGCAAUGGGGAGACACAUUUUAAUUUGAAAGUGGUUUCAAAGGAGUUUGAAGGCAAGAGUUUGGUUAAGAGGCAUAGGCUUAUUUAUUCCUUAUUGGACAAUGAGUUACAGAGUGGAUUGCAUGCGUUAUCGAUCGAGGCAAAGACGCCAUCUGAAGUUGGUAUUUAGUCAUUAUGCAAUCAUGAAAUGAUGGUAUACUUUUUGAUUAAUAGUUUUCUUGAUUCAGUUAAUGCUAUAGCUUUGGAUAUUUCCAUACCAUUUUACCAUAGAUGCUUGAAUUUAUGUUUGUAUGAUUAUUAUUGCUUCAUUUGGGAUAAAAGAAUGCAUAAUGUUUUAUACGUAGAUGAGCUUUU